CACACCGUAUAAAUUCCUUUCUUUCCUCUCUCUCCGUCCCUUUUAUUUCUCUUUUCCAUUUUCACAGUGGAGACCAAGACGAAGACGAAGACGAAGACGAAGCAGCGGCUGGUUUUGUCUCCGUUAAAUCAUGUUCUUAAUAACAAUACGGAAGAUGUGACAGUGCACUUCUUCAGUAAGAACUGUGAUUUGAGGACAUUCUAGUGUUUGUUCUCCACUAACUGCUUCUUCUUGAGUUCUUCUGUGGGAUUAAGUAGUCUCUCUUGUAUUUUGAGAGAUCAUGGGAGCAGCUUGCUGUAUUGCUGCCAGAAAUAAAGAUCUUCCAAACAGAACUGGAGGUAACACUUUGCAUAGGAAUGCUAGAUGCUCUCCAACAUGGAGCUUUCGUUGGGAAAAUCGAAGGCGUGUGGCUGGUGAAAUUGAGGAUUCACUGUACCAAACAUCUCAUGGACUCAGUAGAGAUGUUAGUGUAGAGGUGAAGGGGCCUUUAAGCUCUGACAGAGGUAAUCUUUCUGAUGAGGGAAGUCUGCAUGAGAGUUUUGGGACACCCAUCUCUCUAAAGUCUCCAUUACAUGAAAGAAUUGGAGCUAAUCUGAUUGCCCAACCUUCAGGUCUAUCCCUGGAGAGCAAUUACCCUGCACUUGGAAAGAACUCAGCAGAAUCCCCAGAUAUUGUUGAAUUAUCUGCCCCUAAGCUUCCUUAUUCUGUACACUCAUCAUUUUCAACACCGAGCGCUGAUCCUUUGCCUACCGGUGGUCAUCCUCUUCCUCCUAACUCAACCCCAUCUAGACGGGCUUGUCGAUCACCUGGUCAUCGGUUGUUAAGGCAGAUUUCUGAUAGUCGAAUUCUGGGGUUGAAGUCACCAAAUAAUUAUUCUUUAUCUGAAGGAAGGUCAUCAUUUGUGCUUUCGACUUGCAGCCAGGACUUAACAAUGGGAUCUCAUGGUGGGUCUUCUGAUGGUUGGUCCAUGCGAACCUUUUCUGAGCUUGUGGCUUCUUCACAAAGAGAGAGGUGGUCUUUUGACAGUGAGCACUUUGGGUAUGGUUUUGGCAAAGCAAGUGGAUGCAGUAGCAGGUUCUCAUGUUCUCCAUCCUUAGAUCUUCAAACUUGUGGGGCUUGCUCGAAGUUCUUGACAGAGAAAUCUUCUUGGAGCAGCCAAAGAAUUCUUUCUAACAAUGAGCUCUCAGUAGUUUCCGUGCUGGUAUGUGGUCAUGUAUACCAUGCCGAAUGUUUGGAGACCAUGACACUUGAGGUUGACAAGUAUGACCCUGCUUGCCCAAUAUGCAUGGGAGGAGAGAAGCAAGUCUCGAAGAUGUCCAAAAAGGCUUUGAAAGCUGAAGCAGAAUUGAAGGCCAGGAGUCAUAAGAUUUCAAGAAACCGUGUUGUAGAUAGUUAUCUUGACAGUGACUCUGAAGAUUUUGACUAUGAAAAAAAGGCCACACAAGUUGCACCAAAGGUGGAACCUAGUUCUGGUGCAGCAAGCUCCUCAAAGCCGUUCUUGAGACGGCACUUUCCGUUUGGGUCCAAGUGGAGUAGGUCCCUGUCAGAAAAUGAUUCUGCCAGGAAAAGAGGGUUUUGGGCAAGAUAUCGGAAGUAUUGAGCUCUUUAAUUAUUAAAGAAUGGUGGACAAUAUCAUGUGAAAUUGAAGUUGAAGGCUGCAAGCAAUUCUAUCAAGGCUUUGAGCAGCAAAUGACUGUCAUCAUAUAAUAGAAUCCCCCGCAACUCACAGGUUCUCUGGCUUUUAAUUUCUGGAAGUAGAGGAAAGAGCAGAAGAUCCAACUACAGUUCGAGUCUUAGGAUAGGCUACCAUGAAGCAUCUGAUCACAGGGGCCCUUGUUUUUGGUCAUCAUGGGCUUGACUUCAUUAAUUAGUGGUGAAUCAGUUAAUUGUAUUUGCAAGAAUAUUAUCAUUCACAUGCUGUGCGUCACCACACGAUGGUUUUGUCCAAAUUUGAAGUAAUUGACAUAGGUAAUGACUGUAAAUGAUAACUCACUGGACAACCAAGUAUGAAGCUUUAAUUGUGAGUUCCAUUUUAUGAUAAACAGUGUGGAGGAACCAAAAAAGUAGAUUUACGGUCUUCUCCAGCAAGUGAAUUGUGAAUUGUGAAUUGCUUUUGGAUUUUGCUUAUUUGUAUUUAAUUGGCUGUAUGUUAUUUUUCAA